ACUAUACUACGCCAUACAUCAUCACUGUCAGACUGCUGGUAUAUAAUCUUCUAUUAUUGUCCUUCUGCUGUGAGAGGUGCAUUCCUGUACACAUGGGGUGGCUGAUCAUAGGCGUUCUGCUGUUCUGCAUCAUCCAGGCAGCCCAUGCUGCAGCAGGAGCAGAGGAUGACAGGCCACUUGUGGACACAAAGUAUGGGAGCCUACGGGGACGUUUGGUGACGGUAAAGAAGACAAAUAGAACUGUCCAUGCUUUUUUGGGGGUCCCUUUUGCGCAGCCGCCGGUUGGUCCAUUAAGAUUUCAAAAGCCGGAACCUCCUAGGCCCUGGAGCUCUGUCAAAGACGCCUCCAAGCAUUCCCCUAUAUGUCUGCAAAAUCCAAAAGCCCUGAAAGGGAUAAAAGCUCAAUUCAAGGGGAACAUUGAGAUACCACCAGUAUCAGAGGACUGUCUCUAUCUAAAUGUCUUCACUCUGGCGGAUCGAGAAGAUAAUUCAAAACUGCCGGUGAUGGUCUUCAUACACGGAGGUGGAUUUAUGAUGGGAAGCUCCAUCCAGUUUGAGGCAUCUGCCCUGAGUGCCUAUGAGAGUGUGGUGGUGGUGACUAUCCAGUAUAGGCUGGGGCUACUGGGAUUCUUCAGUACCGGAGAUGAAGCGGCACGCGGUAACUAUGGACUGUUAGACCAAGUGGCAGCUCUGCAGUGGGUGCAAGAAAACAUUAAGGAUUUCGGAGGUGACGCCCAGUCUGUCACCAUAUUCGGCCAGUCUGCGGGAGGAGUCAGCGUCUCUGCUCUGGUAUUAUCGCCGUUACCCAAAGGCCUGUUCCACAGAGCCAUCGCUGAGAGCGGAGUAGCACUGCUUCCUGGCCUCUUCACCAAUAAACCUGUAGAUGUAUUUAUUCAAAAUGCGGUGGUUAAUAUCUCUGGUUGCCAUCCUGACGCUGUGGUAGAAUGUUUGAAGAAGAAAACCGCAGAGGAGAUCCUGACGAUAUCUUCGGCCAUGCCAAUACCUGCCUUUCCGAUCUGUGUGGACGGCGUCAUUUUACCCAAACCGCUGGAAGAGAUAUUGGCGGGACAUGGAGGCAGCCCUGUCCCCUUUAUGAUUGGAGUGAAUGAACAGGAAUUUGGUUGGAUGAUUCUAAGGACCUUGAAUCUAACUGGACUAGCUGACGGGAUGGACAUGGACACCGUUGUGGCAACUUUUCGUCGGCUUCCUCUCUUAAAUUUUGUUUUCAACUUUAUGUCGCUGGUGAUGGAGGAAUACUUUGGUGACACAACUGACCCUCACGAAAUACGAGACCGGUUUGUGGAUUUGUGUGGCGAUUUGGUGUUUGUUAUACCAGCCCUGAAGACUGCUAACUAUCACAGAGACGCCGGGCAUCCUGUGUUCAUCUACGAAUUCCAGCACCGCCCCUCGUUAUUCCAUGACACAAAGCCGGACUUUGUGAAAGCAGACCACAGCGAUGAGCUCAUCUUUGUGAGUGGCGCUCCAUUCUCGACAGGAGAACAUGUAUAUAAAAGUGAGUUCACAGAGGAAGAAGAGGUUUUAAGCAGAACAAUGAUGAAAUACUGGGCUAACUUUGCACGAUCUGGGAACCCCAAUGGACCUGACCUGGUACAGUGGCCGGCAUAUGACGGAGAUGAAGGGUACCUUGCAAUCAGCUUAGAGCAGAAAGCAGCUACGAGGCUAAAGAGAAACAGGCUCAGAUUCUGGACAGAGACCUUCCCUCAGAAGGUGUCGGUGGAACAAGGAGACCACGUAGAGUUGUAGGUUGGAGAUUUGUGCAACCUGUGGUCUCUUCCGUUGUUGAGGAAAUGCAAGUGCUAUAGCGGCACAGCUGCUGGGGGGGGACACAGGUUACCUGCCUUGGAUAUAUUUAGAUAUGGGAAAAUUACCAAUGGAUUCAAAUAUUUGUCAAGUUUGGUAAAGCUCACAGCGUUCCCUGUUAUUUAGAUUUAGUCAGCACAGGUCAUGUCAUUUAAAAGACAAACAGACAAAUGGACAGCAGUUUUGAGAAUUCAGAGAAAAAAAUUCUAAUUCAGUCUUUUAUAAAAUAUUUUUAUGACAUUUUAAAAUUUUUAUUAAAUUAUAAUAUAAUUAAACAUUGAAUAAAAA